CGUCUUCUGUCUCUGUCUUUGACCUCGACCGCGGUCAGUUGCGUUGCGCUCACUCCUCUCUCCCCCCGGACUGCUUUCUCCGUGGAGGACUCGCGAGGAGUGCACUCAUCUCAUCUGGCGCCGGGGAUCGACGGCGGUGGAGCGGAAUGAUGGCGGGUUUCUUGGUGGAGACCCCCAUUUUUUUUUCUUGUCCUUGUCGCGUUGGCCACCUUUCCACCACCGUGAUGUGAUCAUUGGCCUCCGGGCCAGGGCAAGUGCGCGCGCGUCCCCGUCGCGGCGCCCGCGGUCUUGCCAUCCCGGCGACUUCUCUCCUCCCCUUGCGGCGGUGGGAGCUUCGGAAGCGUCGCUUUUUCCCCCUUCUUGGUGGUGGGAGAGAGGGAGAUAUCAGAUACCUGGAUCAGUGGCGGGCUUCCAAGUCCAGCAUCCAACUGACAUUAUCUUCUUCCUCCUAAACCUCAUCUUUAUAAGGUCAAACAAAAAAUUCCCCUUUGUCCAAAUGGAUUUUAGGGCGCGUCGCCAUCCCCAUCCUCUCUCUGAUUACCCGGCCAAUCGCCAUGCUCAGGUCAGGCUGAUCUCCUAUUCUUAAUUUGAGAUCAGUCAAGGUGUCUGUCCCCCUGGGGUUCAGCGGCACGACGUGCAUUUCUUGUUUCCAUUGGAUGGAAACUGCUUCUCACUGGCUGAGGGGGACAGUUGUGCCGGCGUGAUUGGAUCAUCGGAACUCGCUGGAUCGGUGCGGGCUCUCCGCUCGACAAGGACCGCCAUGCGCCCACCAGGUGUUCGACCGAAUGCCUACGAGACUUUUGGCGGUGGCUAUGCACACUAUGGGUGUGCUAGCCUACACUUCUGUGUUCCCCUGCCCAUUUUGUCUGCCAACUAGCCCAUUCUUCGGGUGGGGGUGUAGCCUUUAUGUCACCAGUAGAAUGUUUUCAAGAACUUAAUUCAGAUCCUCAAGAGGGAAAAAAUAUACUAAAUCCUAAUAAGGGCUUGGUUAACGGAUGCCUCACCAACUUAACUUUUAGAUUAACAGGGAUUUAUUUACCUGAGCUUAAGUGCUCUAAGGCUUUAUAAGCUGGAUCCCUUUACACUAGCAUCUUCAUCGUAACGCGUAAAGGUAACCGGCUCCACUUGGUCUUCCUUAAUUAUCUGAUCCUGGAAAGCCCUAAAGGUAGCCCAAUUUGUUGGUGACAGCAGAAACGAUCAUCGUCUAGAUUUUCCUACGAUGCUGCUUGCGAGGUAGUGCGUGCUUGUUAACUUGUUAUCUGGGAAUUCAACAACCUAUUCAGCUUCCUAGUUGUCUAGUGUUAGUUCUAAGGGCACUGUAUUUUUCUAUGCUACUGAUUGCAACCUACAUGCUACAGUCGCCUCAUGCAUGCUUUGAUCAUUGUCUUCCUUUUCUGCGUCUUGAUUUCUUGUGUUUGCGCGUGAUCGUUCUCAUUGCAUGAUGGCAAAAGCUAACCGUGCAGUUGCAGUGUUUCAUUGUGUGAAUGAGUUUACCUUGUGAAGGGCACCCAUAUAAUGAAAAACCCUCCAAAUUCGGUUAAAUUUUAGCUCAUGUUACAUUGUCAAGACAAUAGUCAAGUGAUUGAUUGCAAAGUAGUUGAAGUCUGUGCUUAACAUCUUCUGACAAGCUAAGCUCAGCUAUCUUCUGAACUCCAUUUCAAGAAUAAUCACUUUGGUGAAAUCUAAAUGAACUCUAGAAACUCUUGCAAAUAAAAAAGAUUUGUAUCUAAUUCUCAUGUUGCUCUGCACCUCUGUAAAAUUCUAUAGGAUUUUGCCAUCCCUAUAUGAUAUACAUAACUUGGUUUUAGUGCUGCAUGUAGUAAUAAAACAUAUUUUCUCUAAUUUGUUCAAAAGUUCCAUAACCAUUUAGUGUCUAGUUACUUUUAAGUACUUUUUGAAAGAAAAGCAGCUCAACUUCUUUCCCUUUUUACUCAAAAUGGUUUGCUUUCAACAUAUAGAAGAACUCGUAAUAUUCUCAGUCAAUUUUCCUCUCUGAUUGUGUGCAUAGAUUUUAAUAUAUCUGGCAUAAGGCUUUCAGAGUUAAAAUCUAGCAUUUAUAGGAAACCAAAUGUUGCCAAGGAUAUCCUCAACUUUACCACACAAAAAAAAAAAUCCUCCGUGCAUAUCCAUUCUUUGUACUAUACAAAAUGCAUCUUGCAACAUCGUCCUUUAGGCCAGUUGAUAAGCCUGACUUUGGAAACUAGACGGCUUUGGUAGCUAUCUAUCUGUGCUGGCACAUCGACAGAUCCAAAGCAGUUCAAUUGAACAGCUUAGGAUGUACGGACUUCUCAGCAUUUCCUAGGAAAACCUGGUUGUUCGGGCGCUUCCAGAUAUUCCAGGUGAUCGCUGUAGCUGCUGUGUGGCACCUGACAGAAGUUGGGGAAAUCUGUUUGAGAAAGUUCCCUUACUUUGCUUGCCUGAUGAAGGUUCAGGAGUUCAUGAAGGUAAACCCUAGUAUGCAACAGGCCAUGCGGCCGACUACAUAACAAGGAGAUGUACUUUAGUCAUUAUCAAUUCAUUCUCUGAGUAGUAGUAGCUCUCUUGUUCUGAUUUGUUCCCUCACCAGAAACCAGAGGAAGAUUACUAUUUAGCCGGCCAUAACUGCAACAAAUGUGCAAAGCUUAAACUGGUAGUACGCUGUGCAGCCAAUUAUUGAGGCAGCCCGGUGCACGUAGCUCCCGCUUGCGCAGGGCAUGGGUCCGACAACUUUGGGUACGCAGCCUUUCCCUACAUUUUUUGCAAGAGGCUGUUUCCAAGACUUGAACCCAUAACCUCAUGGUCACAAGGCAGCGAAUUAUUGAGGGGAGUCAUAAAAUGAGCAUUAAACACUAUUGUGUCGACAAUCAUUUGACUUGCCAAAUGUCAGGCAACCACUGGCAUGGCUGCAAAUCCAGUCCAUGUGUAGACCAUUCCUUAGGUUGCUGUAACUAAUGAUGUAAAUUUACAUAUGUCACUGCACUUUAAAGAUGGAAGAUUGACGGUCGGUGAAGCAUGCUGGAUUUUUUUUCCCGAAGUGGAGAAAUACGAUGAAUUCUCACGUCAAGGGGUGUGUUUGGUAAGCUUCAUAAUGAUAGAUAUGACAGGUUUACUUGCCGGCAAUGAUGUUCACUAUUUUCCUUCUGGGCAUGCUCUUAUCUUUGAAUCACUGAAGAGUGCACUUAUGUCUACAUCUACAUGGUUGCGGUUCGAGAUAUCUGCCAUACUUCCUGUUCUGCUAAAACUGUACUACGCUACUGGACAGGUUCUUGUUCUCUCCUUUUGUAAUAUCAGCUUCCUUGUUCUUGCAGGACCAAUAACAGCUUAUACAAGGAUAUCUCCAUCUUCCCCGUAAACAGCCUGUCCAUCAACAGUUAAAAAGCUGCAUAUCAUCGAACAAGGCCGGAGGAAGCAAGACAAGCUAUUCUCUACAGCUACAGCUAUGGUUUCUCUGGUUUUGCGGCAGUGCUCAAUUCAACGCAAGCCACCACAUUGUCGGAAACAGAAGCGGUCAUAUCAGUAUUCAGGAGCAGGAUGCUGCAGCUCCAUACAACAAGGAGCUGGGAUUUCAUGGGCCUCAGCCUGCAUUCGCAUAUGGAGCAACCAUCCUCCCAAAUGCAUUUGAAGUACGGAGACGACGUAAUUGUCGGUAUCCUCGACACCGGUGUGUGGCCUGAAUCCGAGAGCUUCAGAGAUGACCCCCACCUAGGCCCCGUGCCGUCGUCAUGGCGCGGCACGUGCGUCGGAGGCCAGCAGUUCGACCCGGCCACCGCGUGCAACCGCAAGCUCAUUGGUGCGCGCUACUACCUCGCCGGCUUCGAGGCGGAGACCGGCCCGCUGAACACCAGCGGCGGCGCGGAGUACCGGUCGGCCCGGGACCGCGUGGGCCACGGCACGCACACGGCGUCCACGGCCGUGGGCGCCGUGUCCCCCAACGCGAGCUACUUCGGUGGGCUGGGCCGCGGCGCGGCACGCGGGGGCGCCCCCAGGGCGCGGCUGGCGGUGUACAAGGUGUGCUGGUUCAAGGACCUGACGGGCCGGUGCAACGACGCCGACAUCCUGGCGGCGUUCGACGACGCACUGCACGACGGCGUGCACGUCAUCUCGGCGUCCCUCGGGUCUCCGCCGCCGCUGUCGCCGCUGUUCGCGACGAGCACCGAGGUCGGGUCGUUCCACGCCAUGCAGCUCGGGGUGUCCACGGUGUUCUCGGCGGGCAACGACGGGCCCGACGCGGCCAUGGUGCAGAACGUGUCGCCGUGGGGUGUCACCGUCGCCGCCAGCACCAUCGACCGGAGGUUCCCGACGGUGAUCGCGCUCGGGAGCAAUGCCUCCUUCGUGGGAGAGGGCUUCAUUGUGAAGGACAUGAAAAUGCAUUUAGUAGAGAGCACUAGCGUCUUUGCCGAUGGGACGUGCUCCCUGGACCAGCUGGUGAACCGCACGGCGGCGUCUGGGAAGAUCGUCUUGUGCUUCUCCACGAUGGGGAUGGUGUCUGGCGAGGGCGCGGCGCUGGCGGUGUAUGCCGGCGGUGGCUCCGGCGUGAUCUUCGCGGACUCCAGCUCCCGGCGGUCCAACCAGGACAACUUCCUGCCCACCGUCCACGUCAACCUGCGCCAGGGCACCCAGAUCCUCAACUACAUCCAGAGCCGUUCAAGGCCACGGCCGACCGUGCACAUCUCGCCGAGCAGGACCGUCGUCGGCAAGACGCCGGCGCCGGCCAUCGCCUACUUCUCCUCCAGAGGGCCCAGCUCCAUUUCUCCAAACAUUCUCAAGCCUGACGUCACCGCACCCGGGGUGAACAUCCUGGCGGCGUGGCCGCCCAAGUCGUCGCCGACGAUGCUCCCUCUGGACAAGCGCUCCACGGAGUGGAACUUCGACACGGGCACGUCCAUGUCGUGCCCCCACGUCACCGGCAUCGUCGCCAUCCUCAGGUCCGUGCACCCGACCUGGUCACCGGCCGCAGUCAAGUCCGCCCUCAUGACCACGGCGUACGUGCACGACGACACGUCGGACGCCAUGCUGGCCGGUGGCACGCAGAAGGCCGCGGACGCCUUCGACACCGGCGCGGGGCACGUGGACCCGCUGCGGGCGCUGGACCCGGGGCUGGUGUACGACGCGGACGCGCGCGACCACGUGCGCUUCCUCUGCGGCCUCGGCUACACGGAGGCCCAGGUGCGGCAGAUGGUGCUCUCCUCCCCGGCGCUCGACACCAGCUGCGCCGGCGGCGCCAUUGGCGACGCCGACCUCAACUACCCGGCCAUCGUGCUCCCCGAGCUGCGGGCUGCGGCGACCGUGAAGCGGACGGUGACGAACGUGGGCCUCCAGAGGGAAACCGUGUACCACGCUACCGUCAUCAGCCCGCAGGGCGCGCACGUCGAGGUGUGGCCGCCGGCGCUGGCGUUCUCCUCGCGCUGCGCCAGGGCCGAGUACUACGUCACCGUCACGCCGGCGAAGCUCUCGCGCGGUCGGUACGACUUCGGCGAGAUCGUGUGGUCCGACGGCUACCACCGCGUCCGCACGCCGCUGGUCGUCAGGGUCACCAACCUGCCGGACGCCGGCGUCGGCGCUCAGCCCACGAAUCAGCACCGUGAUACUACUGAGUACUGACCCCCAGAAGCUACCUAGUUACGGUUAUCUACAACCUGGCGGUGCACGGCUUCCGGGCUUCAGAUCAGGGCUUCUCUUAGUGUGGGUUUGUGCAAUGUUUUCGAUUUCACUCGUUGGGACAACACAGUAGGUGUCAUUCGGUCAUGUUAAAGGAGCAUACAUUGUGGGUGCGACAAAUUUCAAAGUGAUACCAAGCAGCACAUGCAGGCUCAACGUUUGAUGAUUCAUUUCACCUUCAACUCUGGGAACAUUUGAGACGCCUUCUCCUGACCAGCUGGGCGAUGCUGGGCAGUGGAACAGAACCAGUUGCAUUUGCAGUCAUCUCUUCAGACCACUGGGUGGAAACACGGGAGUACAAUACUUGAAAGCUAUAAAUAGCUCAUGUGAAGUGAAAUCUAUAAAUGGCUUUUGGUUAUACCUCCACCUCUAAGAUGCACCACAUCUUCCUGGCUCACCAUGAAAUCCGUUCCAGCUAUAUGUCGGCACUUUCUACUCCACUCACAAGUACAUGCACGGCGACCACACCCCCAGUGCCCUCGGGACCAAUGUAGUUAACCGGGUAUCACUCUAGUCCAUAUACAACCAUUGGAGGAACCGCACAUCUUGAUGAAAGACAGCCAAAUAUAGGAGGGAACAUCGUUCUAUAUAAAUGUGUCCUAAAGUCCUAGAGUGAACCCUCCAGUUCAUAAAAAAGGAGAGGUAAAUCACACAGAGAACCAUCAGCAAUGGCGAAGAUUUCUAGUAGCACCGUUGUUCUCCUGGUGUUUCUCGUGUCAUCGUGGGGGGCAUUGCCGGUGCUGUCCCGUGGACAGCUACAGGAUGGAGGAGGCGGGGCAAACGGUGGUGCUAAUGUUGGGCUUGAAAAGGGUAUCGGUGCUAAUAUUGGGCUUCAAAAGUCUAUCGGUGCUAAUGUUGGUGUUGGUGCGAAUGGAGGCGCUGGUGCGAAUGGAGGCGCUGGUGUUGGCGCCGGCCUUGGAGCAAAUGUAGGUGUUGGAGCAAAUGUAGGUGCCAAUGCUGGUCUUGGUGCCGGUGCAAAUGCAAACGGUGGUGCCGGUGCUGGUGUGAAUGGAGGCGCUAACGUUGGAGCUGGUCUUGGAGCAAAUGUAGGUGGCAAUGCUGGUCUUGGUGUCAGUGCAAAUAGAUUUAUUGGUGCUGGUGUUGGUGCAAAUGGAGGCGCUGGCAUUGGUGCGAAUGGAGGCGCUGGUGUUGGUGCUGGCCUUGGAGCAAAUGUAGGUCUUGGAGCAAAUGUAGGUGCCAAUGCUGGUCUUGGUGCCGGUGCAAAUGCAAACGGUGGUGCUGGUGCUGGUGCUGGUGUGAAUGGAGGUGCUAACAUUGGAGCUGGCAUUGGAGCAAAUGUAGGUGCCAAUGCCGGUCUUGGUGUCGGUGCACAUAAAGGUAUUAGUGCUGGUGUUGGUGCGAAUGGAGGCGCUGGUGUUGGUGCGAAUGGAGGCGCUGGUGUUGGUGCUGGCCUUGGAGCAAAUGUAGGUCUUGGAGCCAAUGCGGGUCUUGGUGCCGGUGCAAAUGGAGGUGCUGGUGUUGGUGCGAAUGGAGGCGCUAACGUUGGAGUUGGCCUUGGAGCAAAUGUAGGUGCCAAUGCCGGUCUUGGUGUUGGUGCACAUAAAGGUAUUGGUGUUGGUACUGGUGUUGGCAAAUGAAGGAAGCCGAAAACAAGCAAGUCAACUAAAGGCGGUGUCGAUUCUAGCUACGAAGAGAAGGAAACCGAAGCAAGUCAAUCAACACGAGUUUUGACUACAUUUCAAAGAACAAGGAACUUCACAAGAUUUAGCAUGAUAUGCUUACAAUAUUUAGUCAUUAUCAUUUUUUAGUACGUUGCAUUUUUUCUAAGAUUCUACAUUAUAUAUACUAGCAAAGCGUCAUGCCGAGUCAUGCCUCACAUUGGAGGGUGCAAAUAUCCUAUCAAUUAGAAAUAUAUCCCAGAGAUAAUUCUAGAGAAGAGAUUAUAUAAUGUUGUAUCCAUGAGUUAUGAAAUGUUCCUUGAAUAAUAUUUUUAUAUUGAUGGGCAA